GGUUCCUUCAUGGCGACUACGCGGCGGCAGGCGGCGGCAACGGGAGUGGACGCGCUUUUCCUCCAGAGCCCGGCGAGGAAGAGCAAAGGCAGGCGAAAAGCUGCUGUGGAGAACUCCCAGGAUGGAGCGAGCCCCUGUGGCAAAGCGGAGGAAACAAGUUCAUAUAAGACACCAAAGAGAAGACUGGCUCGGAGAUCACGCUUGCCUACAUUCAGUUCUCCAGUGAAUGAAACUGAAAUGCAGCAAGAGAUUUUCUGGGAUCCCCAAUCACCAAUUGCACAUCAACUGGGCAGUGAGCAGAGGAAGCAGGCAGUGAGUGGUUGUACUGUUGACAUCUCAGAAAUUGUUAAUCGAAUUGCUCCUCAGGAUGAAAAACCUGAGUGUUGUGAAGGAUCUCUUCUAGGGUUGUGGAUUGGUGAUAAUGCAAUUCCUUGUACUCCUGGAAUAACGAAAGCACGCUCAAGAAUAAAAGUGAAUGGUGCAAGGGGGGUUCAGGUAAAGAAUAGGGAAGAGGAGCUUAUGAAGCUGGCAAAGGAGUUUGAUAAAAACCUGACUGAUGCAACACAGGAUCAAGAUGCUCUGUGCCACAACAUUGCUUGCGUUACAUCAACUGAAACUCAAGAGGAGGCUCGAGGAGAAAAUCAGGAGCAGUUGCCUAGAGAACAUCCCAGCGUGGGUGCUGCUGUGUGCUUGGAUGUAGCUAAGAAGAUGGGGUCAACUGAGCAUUGUGAAAGCAGUAGCCAGAAAUCCAUAGAAACAGCUCUUAAUGACCUUUUUGAUGGCCCUACCCAGAAAUGUAGUGGUGCUCUGAGCCAAGGCUCAUUGAAUUGUUCCUCAGAUUCUAGUUUCCUUGAAAAGCAGAACACUUUGCUGAAGGAGAAGCACACAUUGGAUAAUGCCAGAGCCGCAAGUGAAUCCAUGGCUGGAGAUGUACCUCAGCAGCAAAUCUCGGCCCCUGUUGGAAAAUGCAUGGGACUCUUUCCAGCUGGAGGAGCUGAAACAACUUCAGAAGAAGUGGUUCCAAGAGAUGCCACUUCCCAGAAAGAGCCAGUUGACUCGACUGAGCUUGACCGAGUCACCUGUGAUGACUUUGAGGACUGGGAUGUAGAUUUGUUGCCAGAUGAUUCAUUUCUCCUGCAAAUUACUCAGGACCCUGAGCAGAGCAUUUUGGCACGUGCACUGCCUCGUUCUGCUAAUGAAGGCAGCAAAAUAACAAAAAGAAUAGCAGACCCUGAGCGAUUUUGCCUUGCCCAGUGUGCAACUUCGAAUAAUCAUGAUAAAGUUCCAGCAUCAUGUGCUUUAUGGAAACAAAGCAUGGAAAUAGGAAAAAACAAGCCUGCUCUUCUGCAUAAAGAUUUCCCUUUAAAACCCAGUGCAAUGGAUUCUGUUUCGAAAAGCAGUCCAAACAGGGCUUCUGGCUGUCAUUCUGUUUCAAUGACUUUUGAAAAUGGGUGUGUCCAGGGCAGCUUUACUCAACUUAAAUGUGUGGCCAGCACUAACUCUCCUGGAAAAAGAGCUGCUUCUCCUUCAGUGGCCCGUCUCCCUAAACAACACUCUGGAAAAUAUCAGAGUAACAUGCACAGGGCUAAUCAACUGGCCACCAUUUCUGCAACUGCAAAACCUCAAAGCUUAAAAAAAGCUGUUAGUCGAAACAGCACUGGCCCCCUGAAACAGACAGAUGUGCCCCCCAAAAGUGUACUUUUGUUUGAUGACUGGAACAAGUCUAGGUUCUCAGAGAAGGUUCCUGACCUGUUUUGUGAACCAACCAGUCCUUGGGGCCCUGACUAUGAUGAUGAUGACUUGCUUUAUCAAGUCUGUGAUGAUAUAGAAAAAAACACUCUGAGCCAGGAUGUGAAAGAGAACGAAGAAGCUAAACUGGUGGUCAGAAAGACUAAGUCAGAGGUGGGAACAUCAGUUCAAGGAGUUUCAAAUUGCCUGCUUGCCCAAAGGAGCCAUGUGGGCAGGAAAACCUUCUCAUUGGAUGCUACACUUAAAAUUGCAACAUUGGGAAAGCCUUGCAGUCCUGCAGACAAUUCUGUACAGCACAGUGGUGCACUAUUGAAACCUGAGAGUGUCAGCAGUAUUCCCAGAAAAUGGCACAGGUUUCAUUCAGUGCCUGAAGGAGGCUUUGUUUCCAGUGGUAGCUCAGCUACUCUUUCAGAUGUGUGUGCAAACAAUAAUACACUGCAGCCGGGUGGCCUGUAUAACAUGGGCAAAGUAGAGAAUACUGGCGAUACUAAUCAUGUUCCAUCUGCAAAGACAAACUGUGUGUUCAGAAACACCAGUAACUCCCAAAACCUUGUUUUGGACUGUAAAAAUGUGAAAACAGCAACCCUUUCUCGAACUAAGGUGGGGCUCUGUGAAAGCAGAAAUGCACCAAACAUUCCAGUUCAGUCCACACUACAAGUGAAUUUGAAACCAACUUUAAAGAGGCACCUCUCUGAUAGUUUUGCACAGUCUCAAACAGACCUGAAAAGUCGGUGUUCUCAAGAAGAAAUUGCACGGAAAAAGAAAGAAGCUCUUGAGCGGAGGAAAUGUAAAAUGCAAGCAUUGCUGAAAAAUACAGCACCUACCUGAGAAGGUCAGCAGGUUGGAUGUAGAGAAAUUAUUGACAACUGAGCAAACACACUUACAGCCCCCCCCCCCCCAAUACUACUGAUUCCUUAACCUUUUUCUCUUGGUUCUUCUGGGAUAGGCCAGCAUUGCCUUAUAAAGAAAGAACUGCGUGGAGUUUUGUUUUUAGUUCUGUUUCUCUGAAACCGUGGCCUGGCUUGCAUAUCAGGACAGCCCAUGGGUUGUUAAAAGCAUGGGUUGCUGAGGGUGAGUGAGUGAGUGGGCACAUUGCUUUUUAUCCACAUACCACUUCUGCCUUGAUCUGUUUUUUCAAACCCAUGAUUUGUUCUUGGGUUCAGGUGUCUGCCUUUCAUCAGGCCAGAAUGCAGGGUUCAGACAUCAUGCCAGCCAACUCAGAAAUUGAUGUUCUGCAGUUGUGUGUAAAAGUGGGGGCAAUGGGGAGGAGCAGGCAGAAGUCCAGCUUAGCCCCAGCAAUGGAUGCAUUCAGGAAGCCAUGAUUUCUCAGUAUGUGUGAACCAGGUCACUGUCAUUGAGCUGUGAAUAGUUUGCUUGGUCCAGGAUUGCCAUUCCAUGACCUGGCUCAGUGUCCCAGUUAUCAGCUCUUCUCAGCGAAGAGAGCAACGGGCAUCAAGUAUCCCAUCUUCAAUACUGUGCUGGUUUUAAUUGACCAUGUGUGAGGAGGCAGUUGCCUCCAGAUGUUUUCAUUUAAUGGCAUAUUCAUCAUGUGGCUCCUUCCCAUUUCAAAGAGGUUCUCAGAACUUGCUGCAUGUAUAACCAUUAACUCCAGGAGUAUCUAUGAUACUGUUCCAAGUCUAGCAGCUUGUGGGAAUGUAGAAACAGAAUGAAUGCAAAACUGCCAUAUGAAGCUUAGAUGCCACUUCACACGUUGGGAACAUCUAUACUUUUGUAUUAUUGCAGCAAGAAAGCGCACAAAGCUUUUCUGCAGUUUACAUAUGUAUGUAAAUUAUGUACACUGUAUAGAUUGUGAUUAAACUUACAGCUGCUUUUGUGACAA